CACGACAAUCUCCAGAGUAAAGUUCAUUCACUUUCGUAGAGCUCGGAGGGUAAACCUCGUUCAUGCUCAGGCAGACGCCGCUUCCAUCUCAUGUGUAGAGAACCAACCUUGCUUCUAAAAAGCACCCGGUACAUCCACGUAAACAAUGUCUCUCAUCCGUAACGCUUUCAGCGCAGCUUCUGCUGUCAUAACGCACCUCGGAGCGGCCGUCACCGCAAAAGCACGGACAUAUGACGAAAUGUUAUCUCACGUUGCCCGGCACCCUGAGAAGCAGAUCGAACACUGCUACGUCCUGAUAAAGUACCUUCGCAGAUACAUAUACAACUUUAAGGCCCCCCCCCCUCCACAUCAGCUUGUACUCUGUAAGACAUUAGAACACAUUCUUAAGAACAUUCAUGCAACUCUCACUCAUAAACUCAUUCGUGCAGUCACUCUACAUACAGAAUGAAACCAACAUCACACACAAUGCCCCCAUCCUAGCAACAUGAAGGUUCUACUCGACGACACUAGCACGAAUAUGCCUGUUCGCAAUCAUCCUGAAGUCGCUCAGCAUGUCCCAGGAGCCAGUUGUAGCAGCAGCACUCGUCUACAUGAACCUCCAGCUCGCAGAACUAAACCGCCUCCAAACCAGACGAAUGGCCAUUGCUGGAGCUGCAGCCCGAGCAGCAUCACACGCACAUCACGCAGAUUCGAGCAAGUCGCACUCACAGUAACUGUGUUGCACAGCAGCACUGUAGCUCACGUCAAUGCAUUCAGUCACUCGUUGCAUGUCUAUCUUCCAAUAGCACACUGAUGGCAGUUGCUGCAGUUGCUCUCCUUUGUAUGCUGUUUCUUGACAUAGCAGAUGGAGUUUUGUGAUGUUGAUCUGUGCAUUACGCGCAGCUUAGAUGUCACAGUCAUGUCUUGACAAGUCAGUAUAGGAAGCCCACAUGAGUGCCAGC